CACGAUACCCCCAUCCUCGGCAUGGUCCACCGCCCCAAGGUCCCCGUGGCCACCGAGUACGGCAACGCCGCCUCGUUCUGGGUCGAGUACCCCUCCGGCCUCGUCGACCUCACGCGCACUGCGCACCUGCCGAAGGGCGGCCUCCAGAACGGCGACGUGGUCCACGAGGAGCCCGCGCAGGACGCCCCUGUGCCCCCGCUACACGAGGAGACGCAGCUCGAAAUCCCUGUUGAUGGAGGCCGCGUUCUGCGCCUCUCCAAGAAGAACACUGCGAUUGUGGUCGUCGACAUGCAGAACUUCUUCCUCCAUCCGGACCUGCGCGAACACCCGACAGGGCUCAACUGCGUCAUCCCGCUCAUGAACCUCGUCACCUCCCUCCGCCCACAAGGCGUGAAGACCCUCUGGGUCAACUGGGGCCUCACCGAUCACGAACUUACGACGAUCCCGCCCGCGCUCGUGCGCGGCUUCAGGAAGAACGGCCGCGGCGGGUUCGGCUCGCAGCUUCCAGGCGACUUCGGGCGCCUGCUCAUGCGCGGCGAGUUCAACUCGGAGCUGUACGGGCCUCUCCAGACCCUGUACGAGGAGGGCCGGCGGGAGGGCACGGACGUCUGGAUCCACAAGAAUAGGAUGAGCGGAAUCUGGGGCUCACAGACUGCCCUGGAUCUCUACCUGCAGGAGCAGGGCAUCACGACCCUGCUGUUCGCGGGCGUGAAUGCCGAUCAGUGUGUACUGGGAACGCUCGUUGACGCAUAUUCCCGAGGAUAUGACUGCAUCGUCAUAGACGACUGCAUAGCGACAACUUCUCCGGCUGGUGGGCUCGAGAACGUGCUCUAUAAUGCAGGCGGGGCCUAUGGGUUCGUGACGGAUUCGGAGCGCAUCACCGACGCGGUUUCAUGAGUUGCUCUGCCGCAUUUAUACCGCCCAUGACAUUGGGCGGGGUAGGUUUGUUAGUUAUUCUUGGAUUUAACAGGAAGCAGGAUAGGGAAGUCAGGACACACCUAACGGGGAACGCGAGAUCGGGUGCAGUGGUUCCGACCGCGAAAUUUGUAUAGUAAUUCUACUCAUGCUACCAUCCAGUUCAUGC